UCAUGUCACUCAUUCCUGUCAUUUAUACUCUAUAAUCAAUGAUAUAUGACAUAUCAUUCGAUAUGCAUACCACAAAAAAGAUAUUCUAAAUAUCCGAAAAAGCGUUUUAAUAUUUUAUAAUAAAAGAACAAUAAUCUUAUGUUUUACUUCGAUAAGUUGUGUGCUUUUUCUAUUGCGAAUGUGUGACUCCGAAAGGCUAUGCCGGUGACGCCCUUUUUUGUUUAAAUUUAAUCGGAUUUCGUUGAAUAUAGAAGAUUGUGUACACUAAAAUACGAAAAGAAGUUUCACAUUCAAUUAGUGAGUGCAUUUAUAAACUCCAAACAUGGAUAGCAAAGGACGAAAAGUCAUUGUUUGUGACAACGGAACGGGGUUUGUAAAAUGUGGAUAUGCAGGUGCAAAUUUCCCAGCUCACAUAUUUCCUUCUAUAGUUGGCCGACCCAUUAUCAGAGCUACUAAUAAAAUUGGGGAUAUUGAUGUAAAGCAAGAGCAUAACGUUCGUGAUUUAAUGGUCGGUGAUGAGGCUAGUAAACUCCGGUCCAUGUUAGAAAUCAGCUAUCCCAUGCAAAAUGGCAUUGUCAGAAACUGGGAAGACAUGUGUCAUGUCUGGGAUUACACCUUUGGGGAAGAAAAGAUGAAUAUUAAUCCUAGGGAAUGUAAAAUCUUGCUCACUGAACCGCCCAUGAAUCCUACUACAAAUCGAGAAAAGAUGAUUGAGGUGAUGUUUGAGAAAUAUCAAUUUGCUGGAGCUUAUAUUGCCAUUCAAGCAGUGCUCACUCUCUAUGCUCAAGGAUUAAUUAGUGGAGUAGUUGUGGAUUCGGGAGAUGGUGUAACUCACAUUUGUCCCGUUUACGAAGAAUAUGCCUUGCCACAUCUAACCAGAAGGCUGGACAUUGCAGGACGUGAUAUCACAAUGUACCUGAUUAAGUUGUUGCUCUUGCGAGGAUACGCAUUCAAUCAUUCCGCAGAUUUUGAGACUGUGAGGAUGAUGAAGGAAAAAUUAUGUUAUAUAGGCUACAAUCUUGAAACAGAAGAAAAACUAGCCCUUGAAACCACAGUUUUAGUGGAAUCUUACACACUUCCAGAUGGUCGAGUUAUAAAAGUUGGAGGCGAAAGAUUCGCAGCACCCGAAGCACUUUUUCAACCACAUCUUAUUAAUGUCGAAGCUCCGGGAAUGGCUGAACUUGUUUUCAGUACAAUUCAAGCCGCGGACAUUGAUAUGCGAAGUGAAUUGUAUAAACACAUAGUAUUGAGCGGCGGAAGUACGAUGUACCCGGGUCUUCCAUCCAGACUUGAGCGAGAAAUAAAGCAACUUUAUCUCGAACGAGUAUUAAAAAAUGACACUUCGACGCUAAAUAAAUUUAAGAUCAAAAUCGAAGACUCUCCGAGAAGAAAGGAUAUGGUGUUUAUGGGUGGAGCAGUAUUAGCAGAAAUAACAAAGGAUCGCGAUGCCGUUUGGAUGCUUCGCGAAGAAUACGAAGAAAAGGGAUUGAACGUUCUAAAAAAAUUAGGACGUUACGACUCUUAAUAAACCAAAUUCUCUCAGAAAACGCAAAAUCUAAUUCAACUUGAAAUGGAUUCAGUUUGAACGAAUCUUUUUUCGAAAUUCAGAAAAUGCUCUGAUGCAGAAACAAUUAAUGCCAGGAUCAGAAUGGUAACAAACCAAAUUUUAGAGUUCUAUAAUAAUCCAGUUUUAUUCUUCAUUCUUCCUUGAGGAUUUUUUUAUUAAUUCUUCCAUUGCGAAUAAUUUUUCUGAAAGAGAGUCUUACGUAAAACGUACCAGCGCAUUUAAUUUUUAUAUUGUAUAUAAUAUAAGAGAUAAAGUGAGUAUCUUACUUUAUGGAUUUAAAAUACUUAUAGAAAGAAUUAAAUUUAACCAUAAAGUACUUUUUAUUUGCCUGCGUUGCGUAAUAUCUAAGUGGAUCUAAGGAGUGGUUUUUUGGAUAAAGCGGAAACCACUCUAAUAUGCAAUACGAAUUUAGAGUAUCUUGUUAACCUUGUAUGUAAUAAAAUAUUCAAAUGGAAAUGGA